GUCGUUACGGAACCACGUUAGGACAGCAUCGCCUCUGUCGGUGGCUCCGUGACUCCUUGCCGCCACCGGUAAGGUCCAGCUGGGUCUGAGGAGUCCUGGACCGGGGUCAUGGCUUUUAAGGUGAUCCGGAGAUUUCCGCUUCCCGGGCAGUUCGGGAUUCAGCGCCACCUUCCCGUUGCACCUGUCUGCCCCUUCACCAGGCUCCCAAGAACCAGCAGUGCAGAUCAGCCCUCAUGUGUGGCCUGCGUGUGCACCUCAGCCGGCCGCUGCAUCAGAAGGCAGGGCUGCAGGAAGUUCCAGCCGGAUUGUGGGAUUAGGAGCCUGUCCACCAUAGUCAGGGAGCCUUACUUUGUCGCCAGUAGCUCUGUAGGACUUCACAAGGAUUCAGUCCCCCGUUUCCGUCUGACCCAAAUGCAUCGACCCACAGCUGCAGAGGAGCAGGUUUUCCAGGAGCGUCUAGAGAGCUGCUCCUCAUCCCGGCAGGUCUGCAAACUGCUGCGCUCAGUGGAGAUCUUGUCUGACACCAUGGCUGCAGCAGCACUUCACCGGGUAGCUGACCUGGAGCAGGAGGGAAACUCUCUGAAGGACCCCACAGUGCUGGAGAAGGACACCAUCAGGGCCCUGUGCUUCCAGCUGGAGCAGGACUCUGGAAGACUUACGGAUGCUGGGCUGGUAUCAGCUCUCCUGGCCUGCACACGCCUCUUCUUAGAUCCUUGGAGCACUCUGAUGGUGCGGCUAGUGUCUGAGAGCCAGGACAGGCUAGACAGGGGUCAGAUGAGUGUAGGGCAGCUGGGUACCUUAGGCCAAGCGAUGCUAGCCAUAGAGGGUCCUGGCUGUGUGAUGCUGCAGCAGUUGAUGGAGGACAUCCAGAAGCAGGAGCCUGCCCAGUGGAGUCUAUCGGAUCUCAUUGCUGUUUAUAGGCUUCUGCAAAGUGGUGUCUGUGAAGAUGGGAAAUACAGAGACUUGUUGAAUGCCAUGCACACCCACGCUGUGACAGUCACCUCCCGUAUGGAUCCUGCCGCUGUCAGCACGCUGCUCAGUGCUCUUGUGACCCUGAACCAGACCCAGGCCAUGCCUCUAGUGAUCAAUCUGUGUAAGCAGGCUGUGCGGCAUGUACCUCACUUCACUGAUGAGGAGCUUGCCCUUGUGGUUGGGGCGCUAAUCCACUUUGGUCACAGCGAUCAUUACUUUGUGCAGGCGAUGGAGAAGUACGUUCCCACAGUAGCAUUCACCUCCCAGCCAGAGACAGUUACUAAGGUGAUGCAGUUCUUUAGCCGGAGGAACAUCUUAUCUCCAACUGUGUUUGACGCUGUCGCUGAGAGCUUUGUAUACCGAGCGGACGACUACAGCACCAGCCAGGUGGCCAGGCAGAUCAUGGCCUUUGGAAAGCUGGGAUACCUUCCACCUAAUGCAGGCGACGUGUUCAGGAAAGUUGAAAGCAUCCUGCACACACGCUUUUCACAAUUCCAGCCUCGAGCACUGCUCAACCUACUCCACUCCUGCAUCCUGGUGGAGAGGUUCCCUGUUAAUUUUGUCUCCAAAGUCUUUGGCAGUUACUUUCUCCAGCAGCUGCAAGAGCAAGGCACAGGAAUGGAUCGGACCAUCCUGGCACAGCUGACUCAGCUCUACAUGACUGUGAAGUUGGAGUGUCCUUUCUAUGCGGGUCCCAGGCUCCAUCCGAAGUACCGCGUCAAGUCUUUCCUCACGUACGGACGCUCCCUGGAGACGCCGGUGGAUCCACACCUGUACAACUCUGUGAAAACUGGACUGAUUGAAUUGCUUGGGGCUCGUUCAUACUUUGGAUCCAGGGUUCUGACGCCGUACUGCUACACACUUGAUGUGGAGAUUAAACUUGAUGAAGAGGGAUAUGUGCUGCCUGCCAGUCACACUGAUGAAGUGUACAAAAGAAUAGCUCUUUGCAUUGAUGGACAAAAGAGGUUCACUGCAAACGUCAGGCAACUGCUUGGAAAGGAGGCCAUCAAGCAGCGACACCUGAGGCUUCUGGGAUAUGAAGUUGUUCAGAUUCCUUACUAUGAAUUUGACAAACUGCAAAACAGGAACAGCGUGGUGGAGUACCUGCACCAAAAAAUCUUCCCUCACACUUACAGGCUGAGCUGGUGAUAAUAAAAACGAAAUAUGCUGUGGAUGUUACAUCAGGGGCCUUGAGCCUGUUCUAACUAAAAGAAAACCAGUACUUAUUUUUGCUAAUAAGUAUCACGAAAUGAAUGUUUAAGUUAUUGAUUACGCAGUUCCACAUAUUUAACUUUACAAUAAAGUGGCUUUUGUA